AUGUCAUUUGCUAAUAGUAACGAUCAACCAGACAUCGAGGACGCUCAGGAUGGGUUCACGGAGUACCCUGAGUUCAGCACCAUCGCCAAACGAGUAGAAGAUGCGCUUGCUCGGAUCAACACUCAGGAGUUGGGUGUUCUUCGAGAGGCAAUAAAGAACCACGACAACACCAAGGGAGCGGGGAUGGUGGAGAAGGUCACACAACAAUAUAGAGAGAUCAACGACUGGGUCAAGAGUCUUAGUGAGCAAAUAGAAGAUGCACGGGCCAAUCAUGAAGAUGUCACUACCAUCAAGUAUCUUCAACAGAAGGAGGCUAUAGUGAUCAAAUUGGUUAAGAAUAGUAUUACUCGGUUCCGAGAACUUAAGAACAAGAUAGAGGCCUUUAGUCUUUUAGCCAUGGACGAGGAACAACAUCAACAAUACCAACAAUAUCAACAUCAGCAAGAACAGAGGACCACGGACGACUCUGUUCAGAUCAACUAUGAGCCUAUUAAUAGUGAAGAGUUGGAACAACAAACGCUUGAGAUUCAACAGAGAGAACGAGAGAUCCACAGAAUCCAACAAGACACGUCGACUAUCAACGAGAUCUUUCAGAAUCUUCAAUCUAUAGUGGAAGAACAACAAGUGACUGUUGAUUCCAUAGAAGCCAAUUUAUACAACUACAAUGAAGAUGCUAGAGGUGCGAGUCAUGAGCUUCGAAGAGCAGAACGAUACCAAAGAAGAGCAGGAGGUAGAAUGGCUUGUUGUUUGAUUAUAUUAUUAGUGGUAGCAGCUAUUGUAAUGCUUGGAAUACUAUUAUAA